AUGCAUUCCAACUCUCAGGAGAAUGGAAUAAGGGGCAGAGGGGCUGCUGUGUCCGAGGGCAGAAGUCCAGCUCUCAGUGGUGAGGUUACAGUGCAAACUGGAGAUCUGUUGCCGUGUAAGAUUUGUGGAAGAACUUUCUUUCCUGCAGCACUGAAAAAGCAUGGACCCAUUUGCCAAAAAACUUCUGCCAAGAAAAGGAAGACGUUCGAUUCCAGCCGACAGAGAGCAGAAGGAACUGACAUUCCCACAGUAAAACCUCUUAAGCCACGGCCAGAACCACCCAAAAAACCUUCUAACUGGAGACGAAAGCAUGAGGAAUUCAUAGCGACUAUACGAGCAGCCAAAGGACUUAAUCUUAAAGACGGUGGAAAACUCCCUCCACCACCUCCACCAUCAUAUGACCCAGAUUACAUUCAGUGUCCAUACUGUCAGAGGAGAUUUAAUGAAAAUGCAGCUGACAGGCACAUCAAUUUCUGUAAGGAGCAAGCUGCACGUAUUACUAAUAAGGGGAAAUUGGCAGCUGAUACCAAAGGCAAGGUUCCUACUCGAACACAGUACAAACCUGCUCCAGUUAAGAAGAUGCCUUCUGUAGGAUCAACACCAUCACCAUCAUCACGCUUACCACAGCCAAGUGGUGUUAGCAAAACUGUUGUAGGUGUAUCUUCAAGUAAAGCACUGUCUUCAUCUGGAUCCAGUGGGAGCAAAAUUCAGACAUUAUCACCAGCUCAUAAAAACUCGCUGGGAGCGGUGAACCCACAGGCAGGAGGUGCAACAAAAACCCGAACGUCAACCCCUCCUAGUGUGGCAAGAGCCAUGAGCACGGGUGCUUUGACAAACAGAAGAAAAACUAGCAAUUCAGACAUUCACUCAAGGUCUGAUGGGAAAACUGGGUAUGACAAUGGAGACUGCCCAUCCUCAGUGAAUGGAGGAAGCGCGAAAAGCAGCGAAGGAAUUUCACCUGUACAGUUAUCCAAGUUCUGCCAUGAAUGUGGAACAAAGUAUCCAGUGGAAUGGGCUAAGUUCUGCUGUGAGUGUGGAAUUCGAAGAAUGGUUGUGUGAACACAUUCUUUAAAGCAGAAAGAAAACAAGAAAUUGGAACAUCUGCUAUGUACUGUUGCUUGAGUACUCCAUCCAGUUAGACUUCAUGCUGCAAAAGUCAAAACAUCACUUUGUAAUUUCCUGAGUGCAAUCUUCUGGUUACACAGUUAUUUAUAAACAAUGAUAUAUACUGUAUAUAAAAAUAGCAGCUACUAAAACUGUGCCAUUCAAGGAAAUACUCUUUACUCUUUGUUGAAAAUAUUUAAAAGUAAGGUAAAAAUGCUUUAAGUAACCUAGGCAGCAGAAGAGGUUCAAUGCUAUUUUUCUUUGUAAAUCUUACUAGGCAAAGGAUUUUUUAAAUCUCUUAUGUAGGGUAAUGCUUUCCUAUGGGGAACUAGCCAUGAACAACUUGGGCUUCAAAAGCUUCUCUGUGGAGGCGUUUUUUUCAUGUAUGACAGUAACUUAGAUGCUGUGUUCUAAAUGAAAACAACAUGAGGAACUCCUUAUGAAUUCCUAGAUAAAAGUGUACAAAGUUCAGAUCUUUAAAUUCUUUAACAGUAAUAUGCUAAUUGGACUUUCCAGUUGCUUCCUAGAAUUUUUUGAAGAAUCAAAGUAGAAAGACUACCUGAGAAUUCUCUUUGCAUCUAAGAAGAAAGGCAAGAUUUUCUUUUUGUGGCUUUCCGUGUUCUGUUUUUCAGUAAAAAUGUGUUAAUAUUUUUAUGUAUUUAUAAGGAAAAAUAUGCUAUUAAUUUUAUUAUUAUUCAUUUUGUUAAGUUCCUUUUGUUUCAAAAUACUUGUCUUCCUCCUGUGCUCCACCAUGACUAGCAUAUCUAAAGGUGUUGUGCUUUGUCCUGUUCCCAAAGGUCCUGCUCGUUUUUUCUUUUCCCUCAUUUCCUCAAACAAAGUCUAUACUUAUCCUACCUAAAUGUUGAACUCUUAUUUUGAAAACAGCCUUCUUGAUGUAUCCAAUACCAAAAAAAAAUAGUUCUAUAAAAAUUAAUGCCAUUAGAGCAGUAGAUCUUGAUGUUACUAGUGAAUCUUUUUCUUAUUCCUGUGAAAAUAGCACAGCUUACACAUAUGAAUGCAUAGGGAGGUAACUGUGCUUCACUGCUAUCAAGACCUGAUUUGGUUUUUUUUUUUCAAUUUUGUGUAUUUCUGAUCUCAAAACAGCAGUUUCUUCAAGUUAGUAAUAGACUUCACAUUAAUCCAUUGGGAAGAAGGGAGAGACUCAAAGUUGUUCGGUUUUUUAUUAAUUACAUAGUAAAUUGGUAAAUUACACAUUUACUAAUAAAACCAUUCACAAGCCAAAUCAUUUUAACUUGUAUCUUAAUGUUGUAAUUUAUUUUGUGAAGUUUUGCUUUGAAGUAUUUGCACCAUCUUCAUUAUGCGUGACAGAACAAUCUGAAAUAACUUAUCUGUGCCUUUCCCACAGUAAAUACAUUUUUUGUCAGAAACUGGUACUUUCAGCUCACAAACACUAUUAGUUUCAAUUCAUUUAAUUUUUUUACAAUUUAGAUGAAAUAUGAUGUAGUGUUCCAUGAUAGUAUUAUGGUCAUUGCUUACAUUCUCAAAAAUUGUGAUUAUCAACGGGGCCAAUUUGGAAGAAAGCAUGAUUGAAGAAAAACGUCUUCAAAGCAGAUACCAGUCUAAGAGUGAUUUAAGAGACUUGAUGUAGUUAUGUUGCAGGCCACGAGCUAUUCAUGUUUUAAAAUCAGUUCAGUGAAUGUCUUGCACUUUUUAUACAAUUUUUUGAACUAAAUUAUCUUUCAUUCAGUGUAGUCUUUUCACAAUUGGUGUAAACUGGCUACUGAGCAUGAUAGGAUAGAUGACUGGUAAUGAUACUUAGAACUGACAAGUCCUAGCCAGUUUAUUUUCUAGGAGUUUAGAUUCUAGGAUCCAUAUUAUAGUACAUUCAUGUUUGUGUUUAGAAAAACUGGAAUUCUGCAUUCUUUCCUUAGAUAAGCCUGCUUUGGAGAUCUUGCCCUGGACUUGAGUCAUGGAGGUUUGCAGACUGAUGUAUUGUGAGCUGAGAGUCCAACAGCAAAGAUACCAGUCCAGAAUAGGUUUGAUCAGAUAGUGAAUCUACUCUUGCCUGAUGAAUUUGCAGUUGUUUCUGCUGGAAAAUGCAUUUUUGCAUUUAUUAAAAAUGCUUUCUACAAAGGGAAUGUUUAGUACAGCACUAAAUACUUUUCAGAUUUUCCAGGAUUAUUGUAGCUGUAGGAAAAAACAUUUUGACUCUUUCUCCUUUGAAUUGUGGGUGGCAGAUCUCCUAAUUUCAAAUCAAUACUCAUACAGUUAGUGUUUCCUGCUUUGUGAGCUGUUUGUGGGAUUCUUUGCUUUCAAUGCAGCAUUUAGUAAAUUACUUGAGUAGCACACCAUUUGCUUAAUUUACACUGACGUGAUUUAUCAUGAGGAUUAGAUAGGGAAUUAACCUGAAGGGAUAUAAAGGUUUUUAAAACUGGUCUUUUAAUUUGGCCAUACAAAGAAGGUCUAUGAAACAUAAUUGAAUAUUGAUAGUAACACUGGAUAAUGUGUGUGUGUUGUAAUUCACAGUAUAAGGAGACAAUGAAAUUAUUUUUGACUUUGUAGUUUGGUGCUGUGUGGUAAGACUUAUGAUGCCUGUUAUGUUUUGCGUUUAUCAACUGGUUUUGUUAGUGAAUGGCAUAGGUUUCUGAAGUCUGUGAUGUUACAGACCCUGGCCUGUAUUACUCAAGGUAUUAGCACAGAUCACUGUACUUCCAUCUCAGUGGAUGUUUGUACAAAACAGUGGAUUGGUUUUCAUGACAUCCCCAAAGAACUCAAUGUGGGAAACAAAUUUGUUAUAUUUACAUUAAAAAAAAUUCAGGGAGUUGGACUGAAUUUUCAAUCUUUAGUGUAUUGCAUGUGUCAAGACGUUCCCAAAUUUAAUUUUUUGGUGAUCUACAUCCAAACCCUCUUGCCCUAGUCUUCUUCACACCCUUAUGCCUUGGUUUUCAUGGGAGGAAAAAACAUGAACUAUGCACUGUCUGUUUAUAGUGAAAUUUAGUGAUGCAAUUGUUGUGAUGAUUGCUAUACCAAUGUAUAACCUUAUGACAGAUUUACUGUCUGCCAUUUUAUCUUCCUGAUGUUCUUACUAAAGUUCUUCUAUUCAUUAAAGAAGGGGGUGGGGGUAAAAGGUCAACAGUAAAAUUCCAUUUAAAGAAACAAGAAGAGGCUGGUUUUGAUGUUUGGCUGGUGGGGGAGUUUGCAUUCCCAUUCUACUUUUGUGAUUUUCUCUUAUACAAAGGACCUCUCUGUGCCAGGAAGUGUAGUGCAAGAUCAUUGGAACUAUGCUGAUAGAAGUGCAAUGGAGUUAUGAAAAAUCCUAGCUUCAAUAGUAAAAACAGCGUAGCAUGAAGCUUAAUUGCUAUAUGAUGUACCUUACACAGGUUUAUAUUCAUGCAUGAUGUCCACACCCUAGGUAGUUUCAGAACUGGAAUCUUCAAAUAUACAGCAAUUAAAAUAUGUGUUUAUAUGAAUAAUUAGUCUUACACACCACUGCAGGGAGGUGGGCACAGGGAGGUGUUUCACCCCCAUUUCAGGUUGUAACUAUGAAAUGAACAUAUUGGCAGAAUUUUUCAAAUUUGCCAAAGAAUCUCGAAGAGCCCUUGAACUCCCUGGAGGGAGGGGAAGCUCCGCCUGAGAGUUCCCUGGCUGGGAGGGUGUCAGGCAGGGGAGCUCUCCUCGGUGCUCCGGUGCUGAGCCUCUCCCGCGGUGCUGGGGCAGCGGCCGCUCCAGUGCAGCCGCACGCCCUGUGCCUUCACAGGGUGGGAACUCCAGACUGUAACACCUGACCCAGUCUUUGUGCAUCAUGGAAGUGCUCCGCAAGUCCCUUGCGUCAUCUGCAAGGGACUAGCUUCUAAUUCACCAUCACAGCUGAGAGCUGGUGCCUGAAAUGCAGGGAGAGUGUUUCCAUGAUGCCUGUUUACCGAGUCAGUGGAAGGAGGUAUGACUGCAGUACUUUAAAUAAGCAAGAUAUGUGCACACUGAUGUAGGCUAUGUAAAUAGUCUGCAUAUAAAAUUGAAUGGUAUUGUCUGUGUAUUACAAAGGUCACAAGGAGUGCUAGUUUCUAUCACAUAGACUUUGUAUAUCUGCAAAGAACAAACCUGUUAUGAGUGUUUUUAAUCUUGGCUGAAAAAAUUGUGUUUAGUAAGAGCACUUUUUUCUAUUUUAUUUCCAUCCAGUUUGACUAAGCUAUGAAUAGUUAUAUGGGUUGUAUGAGAAGGUAGAAUUUUCAUCUUUGGUAAAAUUUGUUUUAGUGACUCUGGUGAAAAUAAUUUAAUUACCUUUCAAAUACAGCUUAUUCCAACUUGUGAUUGUUUUGUUGCUGGUUGGUUUGGUUGUUUUUUUUCCAUCUUGCUAAGUAAGGUUUGAGUGACCUAAUUGUGCUGUUGGAAGAAGUGUUAGGUAAAAGACUUCAUUAGCUGAAUUCAGUAGUUACUUGGUUGAUAUUUUUGUUCCAGUAUUCACAGUAUAAGAGAUUAUUCUUGCAUACUGGUUCAUUUUUUCAUUUAUUUUGGGUUUGGUUUUUUGGUGUUAUGUCAGUCCAGAACAAUACACAUUUCUGGAGGAUCCUAUUUAGUCCCAUUCUACUUAUCUUGCCAGAAAACAGCUUCUUCAUAUUUUCUCUUAUUAAGUGUUCAUUCUUUACAAAAAAUAAUAGGGAAAUUAUAUUUCUCCAAUUUGAACAUUGAAGUCAGCAAAUCAAAUACUCAGUUUAAUGUGGCUGAAUAUUGAACCCACGUUCUAAACAGAAGUGCAUCUUUUACCAUAGUUCUGUAUUUCAGUUUGGCUUUCUGGCAGAACCGUGAAUGGGUUUGGGUGGGAUCUGCUCAGUACAGUACAACUAUUACAAAAACUACUUUAUAUGAUUGCUCUAACUCUUGGUGUUCAUCCUUCAUAUGACACUUAAUAUGUUUCUCUUCAUAAGUUUAUUUAUUAAUGUUCUGUGUUUUUAAAUGGCAUGUUCAUUCAUGUGUUGGAGGUGAUUAAUUUUUUCAGCAUUGCAUUUAUUAUGUUUGCCUUGCCCCUCAGUACAUGGAAUAUUUGUUUGUGAGCAUCCAGUGAGGUUUUAUUUUGCCAGAAUUCUUUGGUUUGUUUGCCUCUUAUUUCAUAUAUUAUGUUUAUUUUAAAGUGUCUGUUUUAAUGAAUAAAUGUAAGUCACCACCUAAUGCUAAUUUGCCGCUUGUUAACAAUAAAGCAAAUAUGCCAGUAAAACUUCUUGUGAUGUGCAA